AUGGCUUUAUGCUUCCGCAGUUUCACCCUGUAUGCCAUACCUGGAGUGCUGGCGCUUGUUGGCUGCUGGUGGAUCUAUUCCCACAGAAAAAAGCAUGCAAGCUAUCAUGACAAACAAGCAAUAGCUAUUGAAGAAGAGCAGCAGGAAGAAGUGCCAGAGAAUGGUUCAACACCCAAAACAGAAGCAUGUGUUCCUCGAAGACUGCCUCUCUCGUCGGAAGAGGAAUGCCCGGAGAACGAAACCGCGACCUCCCUGCUGUCAGCAGGGUCGAUGACGCCCUCUCUGCUGUGUCAAACUCACGAGAGGCUAGAUCUCUCACGGGGCCUUCCAGACCCGUCAGUAACGACGGUUCAGCCCAGCACCCUUGAGGACGACAGUGAAAAACUAGAAACAGUAGGAUCUCAAGUUGAAAGCAGCGUCCCUGCUUGUGUUCCUCCCCCUCUGGCCUCAAGGAGCACAGAGUGUCGCGGCAGUGCUGCGGUGAGCCGUACGCAGGGUUCGAGCUCUAGCGCAAAGCAAGAUCAGUGGCGAUCGGCAUCAGUGACUCUGACACAGGAGUCUUUGGGAAUCACGGAGGAGACCAGCAAUGCAGAGCAGUCAGAUGAUUCUUCGUUUAAGCCCCCUAAGGAAAGCCAGAUGCCAGAAACUGUGCUAUCGGAUACUGGCCCUGUGACAGCCCUUUGCUUGGGAUUGGAGAAGGAAGCCAAUACCCCAGAAGCCUUUCUCAAUAAUGAAGUUGAAGUUGUAUCAAAUCACAAGGAUUCUGCAGCGAGCAUGUUACCAGAUAGUUUGGAGUCUGCCUGUUUGGAGCAGUCCAGGGAAGAAGAGAUGUCUGAGUCAAUUGCCAGUACUGUACCUGUGUGUCAGGAGGAGGACACGCAGCCAAAAGGAGAUGAAUUGGAAAGAGAGAAGACUGGAGGAGUAAGUUUGGACAAAGAAGAAGUUGAGAAAAUUGAGCAAGUAGCAAUACAGAUCAUUUCCAAGGUCAUUUUGGCAGCAACCGAGGAAGUGCUGUCUGGUUCUGCAAGUGAUGUGUCCACUUGGAUCUCCCAGACUGCUGCCAGCCGAGUUGAGAGACCUCCGGAGACAGCAAGUGUUGUUUCCUCUGGUCAGAUGCUUGCGGAGGAAGCUACAGGAGCAGAUGAGAACGUUGCUGCAAAGAGUGAUGCUGCGGUACUGACACCCCUGCAGACUGAGGAACGGGAUCAGUGUGUGACAGGUUCCAGCUGUUUAACACAUGACUGUUUAUCUGGCCCGGCUCAGGGCGACACAAGAGACUGUCGGAUGAAGAACCGUAUGUGCAGUGAGUCCCAAGGAGCUGAUCGGACUCCUGUGGAAAACCAUGCAGGGUCACUGGAAAGGUCACCUUUGGUUAUGGAGGACUCUGGGUGCAGCACGUACGCAUCUGAAGGUGGGACGAGUGUGGAGGACCCAUUGCAAAACACAAUGCUGUCUGUCACAUCAGGCCAGCAUUCGGACUCACUGAGCAUAUCUGCAACCCAAGACACGUCUGCUGAGCAGAGCUCAGUACCAAAUGAAAAACCUCCUACUCUGAAGCUACCUGAAGACAGCACAGUGCCAUACAGUAAUGGGAUACUGAAAGAGGAUGGUCCAGACUUGCACCAUGAGUGUAGCAGGGCAGCAGGGAUGGAUGGAGAACACUCAGCAGGUUCGGAUGUAAAUAACAUGGAUUUUGUGGACAGUGGCUGUGCCCUGAGGAAGACAGUGACUCGCCAGAACUCUAAGCUAGGAGGAGAAUCCAGCAAGUCCGACUUCAUUAUCUGGGAAAUAGAGGUCCCAAAGGAGUUAGUUGGCCGCUUGAUCGGCAAACAAGGAAGAUUUAUGAGCUUCUUGAGGCAAGCGUCUGGUGCCAAAAUUUAUGUCUCAACACUACCUUAUUUCCAUGACUCCCAAGUCUGUCACAUUGAAGGCUCCACGCAUCAAGUGGAAAAAGUAUUGAGCCUGAUUGGCAAGAAGUUCAAAGAGCUGUGUCUCACCAACAUCUACGCUCUACCUCCACCAACACCAUUGACGCUUCAUUCCCUCCUUAUGACUGCCUGGCUGUUCCUCCCAGAUGGAGUGACUGUAGAGGUGGUCGUGGCGAACCAAGUCGACGCAGGACACAUGUUUCUACAGCAGCACACACACCCCACUUUCCACGUCCUGCGUAGCCUCGACCAGCAGAUGUAUGCCUGCUAUUCUCAGCCUGAAAUUCCAACCCUGCCAACUCCAGUAGAAGUUGGUAUUAUCUGUGCGGCUCCAGGCCUGGAUGGGGCAUGGUUACGGGCUCAAGUUAUUAGCUACUUUGAAGAGACCAGUGAAGUGGAGCUCAGAUACGUGGACUACGGAGGAUACGACAAAGUGAAGGUUGACACGCUCAGACAAAUCAGGUCUGAUUUUUUAUCACUACCUUUCCAAGGAGCAGAAGUUUUACUAGACAACGUGGUGCCACUUCCAGAUGAGGAUCACUUUUCAUCUGAAGCUGACGCCGCUGUUAGUGAGAUGACCAGAGGCGCAGUCCUAGUGGCGCAGGUCACAAAUUAUGAUAGCGCGACGGGUCUGCCACUGAUACAGCUCUGGAACUUGAUGGGAGAUGAGGUCCUGUCAAUAAACAGAACUCUGGUGGAAAGAGGAUUUGCACAGUGGCUUGACUACUAGCAAUGCCCUAGAUGCCUCGACAACUCUUUC